AUGCCUUCCUCGAAGCCUUUAAAGAUCAAGCCUUCCGAGGUUGCGGCGGACACCAAGAAGAAAUUGAUCCCAGAAGUCAACAGGUACUUCCGCGAGGAGUGGCCGCCUUACUCGAUUCUCUACUCUCAACCACUGCUCCAGCUUCCGCUCAGCCGUCCAGCUUUCAUGAGCUCAGACUUACCCAAUUUCUGUAAGAUUCACCCAUGGCCGUUCUCGGAACAACAGCUAACCGUAGCAGAUGUUGUCCAUAGCGACCCUGUAGACUGCGCGCUGGGCUGGGCUCAAAGUGAAGGAGUUCGGAUUCCCUUCAUCUGCGCCGCGAACGAGAAGCGACCCGGAGGUGAUUGGGAAACGGGUGUUGUCGGUUACGAGGAGAGAUUAUGCCGACGCAGCAAUCUGUCAGCGACGCUGGGCUCUCCUCAUCCGGAUACAUGCAUGUCAACCAACUACCCGAUUCCGAUCGAAGGAGCCAUCUAUUCUCCCGACGUUGUUCGGUUCCGCCAAUUUCAAGACAGAAUCGAGUCGCUCGACAUGAAGGAUUGGAGGUCGUUGCCAGUCAUUUCCAUGCCACCAGCGCGAUGGCCGAAGCUGACAGACAUGGGACGAAAGUACUCCUUUGCGGAAGAGCGAGAAUUGGUACGGAACAAGAUGCGCGCUGCCUUGCGAAUCUGCGUGUUCAAUGGCUACAACCACGUUGUCAUUGGCGACUUUGGCCUCGGCAACGGCUACCGCAACCCGCCCAAGGAGCUGGCAGAGUUGUGGCGCGAGGUCUUUCUCUACGACCCGGAAUUGAGGGGGCAGUUCCUAGCCGUCAUGUUUGCUUUCGAAGAUGACAGGCAAUGCACAGCCAAGUUCAUCCUCGACGACAUCGCCAAGAAGACGAAAGGGAGCAGCAGUAGCAGCUCUUCGAAAAGCAAGUCCAAGAGCUCGUCAUCGUCCAGUUCUAGCGGCAGUUCAUCCAGUCACAAGAGCGACUUCAAAAUCUUCAGCGAAAUCUUCGCAACGAGCGAGAUAGCUAGAGUUCGGAGCCAACCCGACCCACGCUACGCCUUCUCUGCAAUUAUGGAUGGCUCUUGA